UUUAUUAUGUAUUUGUUUAGAGUUUUAACCUUUUCUUAUAUGAGUUGUGAAGUUUGUAGUUCGUAAAUUUGUUAACGAUGGCUGGAUUUGACGAUCCGGGUGUGUUUUUCAGUGAUAACUUCGCUCCAGAGGAAAAUCAGGGUGAUGCUCAUGUAAAUUUACAAGCUGCAAAAAAGAAAUUUAAAGAAUUUAUUAGACAAUACCACACGGAAAAUUUUGAUUAUAAGUAUAGAAAUGCUCUCAAGCGCAACUAUAAUUUAGGGCACUACUAUUUAGAAGUUAACAUUGAAGAUGUUGGAAGUUUUGAUGAGACUCUGGCUGACAAACUUUACAAACGACCUACUGAGAACUUAUCUAUUUUCGAGGAAGCUGCCAAAGAAGUUGUUGACGAACUUACGGCGCCAAGACCGGAUGGAGAGGAAAAUGUGGAGGAUAUUCAAAUAAUGCUUUCAUCAGAUGCCCAUGCUGCAAAUCUUAGGGCCUUGAAGUCUGAUGUUGUUUCUUGUCUUGUAAAAAUUCCUGGGAUAAUUAUUAGUGCUUCAGAAAUUAAAGCCAAAGCCACAAAAAUCUCAAUUCAAUGUCGAAGUUGUGGAGUUGUUAUUCCAAAUUUACAUGUGAAUAGCGGAUUUGAGGGUUAUAUUAUGCCUAGAAAAUGUUCUACAGAGCAAGCUGGGAGAAUAAGGAAAUGCCCUGUUGACCCAUAUUUUAUAAUGCCUGACAAAUGUAAAUCAGUGGAUUUUCAAAUUUUAAAACUGCAAGAAUUGCCAGAUGGUAUUCCUCAAGGAGAAAUUCCUAGGCAUAUUUUACUAUAUGCAGAUAGAUAUUUGUGUGACAGUGUGGUACCAGGCAACAGAGUGUUUGUUCUAGGUGUUUAUUCUAUUAAAAAAAUUAGUAGAGCUUCUCGGAGAGAAGGAAGAGAAAAAGCAAGUACUGGUGUGAGAGCAGCAUACAUGCGUGUGGUGGGGAUUCAGUUAGAUGUAGAAGGGGUAGGUUCCUCAAAAUGUGGUACAAUAACAUCAGAAGAGGAAGAUCUAUUCCGCAGGAUGGCAGCAUUGCCAAAUGUCUAUGAAAAACUGGCCAACAGUAUUGCCCCAUCAAUUUAUGGAGCUAUCAAUAUUAAAAAAGCCAUAACAUGUUUGCUUUUUGGAGGUUCGCGGAAGAAAUUGCCUGAUGGAUUAACUCGAAGAGGGGAUAUAAAUGUUUUACUGUUGGGUGAUCCCGGUACAGCCAAAUCUCAGCUGCUAAAGUUUGUUGAAAGAGUUGCUCCCAUUGCGGUAUAUACAUCAGGAAAAGGUAGCUCAGCAGCUGGCUUAACAGCAUCAGUGCUGCGUGAUCCUGCUUCUCGUAGCUUUAUUGUUGAAGGAGGAGCUAUGGUUUUGGCUGAUGGAGGAGUAGUAUGUAUUGAUGAAUUUGAUAAAAUGCGGGAAGAUGAUAGAGUGGCCAUCCACGAAGCUAUGGAGCAACAGACGAUCUCUAUUGCCAAAGCAGGCAUUACAACUACACUUAACUCAAGAUGUUCUGUUUUAGCUGCCGCAAAUAGUAUUUUUGGAAGAUGGGAUGAAACUAAGGGAGAUGAGAACAUUGAUUUUCUGCCCACUAUUUUAUCAAGAUUUGAUAUGAUUUUCAUAGUUAAAGAUGAACAUGAUAGGAAUAGAGAUAUGGUACUAGCAAAACAUAUUAUGGGCGUUCACAUGAAUGCUGCUCAAAUUACGCAGGAGACUCAGGAAGGAGAGCUGUCAUUAGAAUUUUUGAAAAAAUACAUAAACUAUUGUCGUACUAGGUGUGGACCUAGACUAAAUAAGGAAGCUGCUGAAAAAUUAAAAAGGAAAUAUGUUUUGAUGAGAUCAGGUGCGAGUCAGCAUGAAAAAGAAAUUGAUCACAAAAAUUCAAUUCCCAUUACUGUACGUCAGUUGGAAGCCAUUAUAAGAAUGUCCGAGGCAUUGGCAAAAAUGCAGCUAUUGCCAUUUGCUACGGAAAAUCACGUUGAUGAGGCUUUGCGUCUUUUCCAGGUUUCUACUUUAGAUGCUGCAAUGAGUGGCUCUUUAGCAGGAGCAGAAGGGUUCAUUACGGAAGGGGAACAGGAGAUUGUAGCUCGAAUAGAGAAGCAAUUGAAACGUAGAUUUGCUAUCGGCACUCAAGUUUCGCAGCAAAACGUUAUUCAAGAUUUUGUCCAGCAAGGUUACCAAGAGAGAUCUAUUGUCAAGGUUAUCCAGGCUAUGAUCCGUAGAGGUCAACUGCAGCACAGGAUGCAAAGGAGAAUGUUGUAUCGUAUUAGCUAGAACUGUGUGGUAAAUACUGUUAUUCCAUUGAUGCUGCGAUUGAUUCCAUUUUCUUUUGUUUUUGGCAUUGUUUGCAAAUUUUUAUUGCGGUACAUUUAAAAUUGAAACAAAAAAUUCAAGCUUAGUGGAGCCCCUCAAUCUAUGGGAGCUCGGGCAUUUCCACUUCAGUAACUAUUAAAU